ACCGUCGUCACACAGCCUUCGCGGUUCACCUAGUCAUUUCGUAGUAGCAUUCAGUGGCGGACGCGGACGUAUAGGCUCGCUCCACUGCGCAGCAAAUCCGACCGACCAGUCCGAGACCAGCUGUGACGGACAUAAUAGGAUGAAGGAUAUCCGCUCGCAGUUUGAGAAAAAUGGCUUCGUCGUCCUGGAAGAUUUCUUCCAACCGGAAGAGAUCGACGAACUCAAAUCUUGCGGAGAAGAAUUCACUACCAAUUUGCCUCCAGAAAAUGAGAGGAAAGUUUUCAGUACGAUAGAAUUGCAACAGAACAAAGAUAAAUAUUUUCUGGACAGUGGUAACAAAAUCAGUGUGUUCUUUGAGGCUGAAGCUUUAGACGAUAAUGGAAAGUUGAAAGUUCAUCCUCGAGUGUGCUUAAAUAAGGUAGGUCACGCCCUGCACUGGGUUCACCCUACAUUCAAAAAGUACACUUUUGAUGAAAGAGUUAAAGAAGCAGCUUUCCAAUUGGAUUAUCAAGAACCUGCUAUUUGUCAAUCGAUGUACAUUUACAAAAAUCCAGGAAUUGGAUCAGAAGUAAUAAUGCACCAAGAUGCAACAUAUUUGUACACGGAACCAGUGAAGCUUGUUGGUUUCUGGAUCGCUUUGGAAGAUGCUACUCAGGAAAACGGAUGUCUAUGGUUCGCACCAGGUUCUCAUAAGAGCGGUGUUCAUCGACGUUAUCUAAGGAAUAAGGAUCCAGAAUCCAAGGAACUGUUAGUCUAUGACAGAGCUGCACCUUGUUAUCAGCUUAGUAAUUUUCGACCAGUCCCAGUUAGCAAAGGAACCUGCAUUCUCAUUCACGGACAAGUAGUACAUUUUUCAUAUCCAAACAAAAGCGAUAAAUCAAGGCACGCUUACACAUUUCACGUAAUCGAAACGCAACACACCUCCUAUUCUAAAGAAAACUGGCUGCAACCACCUCCAGGAGGAUUUCCAAAGUUGUACAGAAAUUAAAUUUACAGAGAUAAUGCUCGAUAGGUAGAGCACUGUUAAAUUAUUUUAUUACAAAUUGCCAAGGAACAUUAUUUAAUAUCUAUUGCUAUUCUGGCUGUGCAUUUUUAUUUUCCACCUUGUACAAAAGUUAUUUCUUGUAUUAUAACAUAGAAAUAUUAGUAAAAGUGUUUGUGGUGUUAAUACUGAAAAAACACUAUUCACAAACAAUGUUACAUUAUGUUAUACUUACGUGACAUCUAAACCACUGAAUUGAACAAAAGCUUGUAUAUAUACAUUAUGUAAAACGGAUGUAGCUGAAUACAGAAGAAUUUUAGUCGGUUUAUAAAUAUACAUCUAUGUACAUCAGUA